AUGGGAAUCAUGAACCCAACUGUCAGUUCUAAUUAUCAUCACUUAAAUCCUUUACCAUAUCCUCCAGCUAUGUUAAGUGGUUUCAAUCCAUUCUUGAGUGCCAAUCCAUUAGCUCAUCCCUUAAACCCCAUGUCAACUGUAAGUUUUGAAAGAAAAAGUGACAAAAAUGAUCGCCCGUUCAAGCAAUUCGCAAACGAGCUUAUUUAUGGUAUGCAAACUCUCUUGCCUGUGAAGCCACCGAUGGUAGAUAAAAGUUAUGUUUCUGGUACCGAACCAACAUCUUCAACUAUGUCGCCACAGUCUGAAAAAAUAAAGAUUUGCUCCAAAGGGCGAUCCCCGAGCGCUGAAAGAUUUUCUCCUUCAACAGUUCCUCAAAACAGCCAACUAACGCCAAGUGACGAAAGCGUGAAUACUGUCAGCCCCACUUAUCACGAAAAUGAGAACAAGCGUUCCCAACAAGAACAGAAAGAGGACGAUGACUCGAACCUCGUAAAAGAAGACGAGAAAGGGCCUAAUGACUCGAAUAGCUCAUUCAGUGACGCAAUGCCGAAUAACCAGCAGCCACCAGACACGUCAUGUGGCAAUGGCAAACGUAGAUCGUUACCAGAACAUAUGAAAAAUGACUUGUACUGGGCCAAAAGAAGGAAGAAUAAUGCUGCCGCCAAGCGAUCGCGAGAUGCUCGUAGAAAGAAAGAGGACAUGCUCGCUAUCACAGCCAAAACCCUGAGAGAUCAGAAUUACCAACUUCAAAUACUGAUGGCUGCGAUGCAAGAACAAAUCACUUUCCAGAGCACGGAAAAUAAACGCCUAUCGGAGAAGUGCAAUACUCAAGAAAUACAAAUUUUUCGUCUGAAAGAAGACCAAGAGCGUAGUCAGAAAUUGUGCAGGCGUUGUAGUACAAGAAUUUUAGAUGCAGAUGCGUCUGGUUUGUGA